AUGCAUGAUCUAUUAGAAUACUAAAUUAGAUUUGCAAAAACAAUGAGUAAGAAUGAAAUGACAUAAGUUUAAUAUAUGUAGCAAGGAUUUUAUAUUAAAAUGAAAGAACAGAAGACCAAUCGCUAAAUGAAUUUUUUCAUUAUGAUGAUUAAAACGGAGCUAAUAAAAAAGAUAUUAGAAGUUGCUCACUUUUCUAAUAAAAAGGUGCUAAUUUUAAUUUUCCCAUAAAUCAAUCUAAGAGUUCUAGAUUGCAGCAGAUUUAUAUAAGGUUUUAGUUCAUUCAAAAAAUUUUGAUACAUAAAUAUUCAAUAUUAUAAUCGAAAUAUUGUCAAAAGAAGAGAAUCAAAAUUAGGAUUGCUUGGAGUUUCUAAAAAUUCUCAAGUAAAACUAUGCAUAGAAUAAUAAUUAAAUUGGAAAUUUAUCUCUUUUGUAAAAAUAAAAAUAAUUAGAUGCUUUUGAAUAGACUAUUAAUUAAAUUACUCGUUUAAUCAACAUCAUAAUAAAGCAUGAUUUUCAUUCUAUUAAUGAAUUCUACACUGGAACUAGAUAAUAUAUCAUUUAAAAAAUAUAUCAAGUGGUAAGAAUAAUAGAAUUUUUGAAAUUCUUAGUUCAUAGUAGUUGA